AUGUACAAGCAUCUUUAUAACUGUGGUGAGCAAGUUGAGUGGAAAAGGCUGAUUUUCAAUAGCAAAGCUAGCCCAAAAAGUACUUUUAUUGGGUGGUUAGCUAUUCAGAACAAAUUAGCAACAAAGGACAUACUCUUGAAGUGGAAUUUUAGUAUUGAUGGAAAGUGUGGAUUGUGUCAGUUGGGUGAUGAAACUCCGUCUCACCUGUUCUUCUCAUGCCAGUUCUCACAAGAAGUGUGGAGCCUGAUUUUGCAGAAUUUGGGUGUUGGUAGAAGUAUUCUCCCUUGGAAUGAUGAAGUGCAGAGAGCUGUGAAGAAAAGUAGAAGAAGCAAGAAUGCAGACUGUAGUUAUAGCAUUGCUUUUUUGGAAACUGUCUAUAGUAUGUAUUUGGCUGCAGAGGAACUCCAAGUUGUUCAAGGAUCAUGUUUAUCCUGUUAA